AUGUUCAGAAGUUCCAUCUUCCAAGCUACCAGAUCGCUUCGUCAAUUGACUACUCCAGCCACCCGCAAUCUUUCAUUCACAGCCGCCAGAAUGGGUAUCCCCGCCGACGCUCCCGAAGGUCUCAAGAUUGAGUCCCAGAACGCUGGCUCCGGCCCUGAGGUCAAGAAGGGUGACUCCGUCGAUGUCCACUACAAGGGCACCCUCGAGGACGGCACCGAGUUCGACCAGAGCUACAAGCGCGGCCAGCCCCUCAACUUCACCGUCGGCGCCGGCAUGGUCAUCCAGGGCUGGGAUGCCGGCCUCGUCGGCAUGCAGGUUGGCGAGAAGCGCAAGCUGACCAUCCCCUCCAACCUCGCCUACGGCGAGCGCGGCAUUCCCGGUGUCAUCCCCAAGAACGCCACCCUCAUCUUCGAGACCGAGCUCGUCAAGAUCAGAUAA